AUGGAGGAGGAGAAACAGAGUCGUCGUCAUCAUCAUUUCGUGCUGGUCCAUGGAGCUUGCCAUGGAGCUUGGUGUUGGUACAAGGUUGUUCCUUUACUGAAACAAGCUGGCUAUGAAGUGACCGCUCUCGACUUGGGCGCUUCUGGGAUCCAUCCAAAGCAGGUUACCGAGCUGGGUUCGGUCUCGGACUACCUCGGGCCGCUGAUGGAGUUGAUGGCUUCCUUAACAGGAGAAGAAGAGAAGUUCAGUAACUUUAGUAGUACGAAAACUUCUAUGCAGUGUCUCAAGCAAAUCGAUUUCAUGGAUAGCCACUUCUCAUUCCACAAUGGUCCUGAAAAUCCUCCGACCAGCAUGCUGUUUGGACCAAAGCUGAUGUCAACUAAAUUGUACCAGCUCUCCCCACCUGAGCCACCCGAGCUGCUCUUGUUCCCUUCUCCGUUCCCUGUUCCAGCCAUUACCUGCCUUUUGUUAUGUUUUCUGCGGGGUUGGAGUUUGCUGGAAAUGAGGAUGUAUAGUGUAUUGAGGUUUCCUGGGUUCGCACUUGCUGAAGACGACACCGCCGCUGGAGACCGCGACUCCGCCGCUGGAGACCGCGACGCUGUCGCUGGAAUAGCUGCAGUGGUGGCAGGGGAAGGCGAAGACGAGGAGGCGGGACUCGGAGGAGAACCAGGGCGGGACUCUGAUUUCAUAUCUCGAUGAUUCAAGAAUGAAGAAAAUCGUAAUUCAAGGACAGAGGAAAUCGAGAUUCCAGAUCUGGCGAAAGAUGGGGAUUUUGGAAUGGGGCUGAUGCCAUCGGCGGAGGAGUUGGGUAAUCAUCAAUCAUCUUCACCCAACCUCGGCGUAUCUCGGCUUGGCCCACGGUGGCGAGACUCUGUCUCGGGUGUGAAAGGAGAAGCUCCGCCACGGGGGGGCGACUUCUUCUCUGCUGUGUGA